AUACUUUAUACAAAACGCGAUCGAUUGGACGAUAAAAACGUGCCAUGCGCUCAUUUUGACCACAGUUCAUUGGGUAGAAUUGAAAUCGCUGUUUUCCCACAUCGAUAUAAGAUUGAUAUAAAACAAAGUAGAACUGCAUUGAGGAAUAUUAUGAGAGGAUGUUUGAUUUACGGUCAUCACUUAUCUCCAUACGACAUUCAGCAAACUAUUAUUGAUUCAAACAAUAAAAAUGUAGCAGCUUUCGCUCAUUACAUAGAACCGGCAUGA